AUGCGGCUGCUGACGCACAAUUUCCUUUGCUGCCUCGAGUGCCAGUCUUUUCCACUGCAGCUUCGUGACGUGGAGGCGGAGGUGCAGCCCUGUGAAUUUGACUCUGCCUUUAUUCGGCUGAUGUUGGCCCGCAUGGACUAUGGUUUCAUUGUAGAAGCGUUUAACGCCGUGAAGGAGCAACAGCAGCAUCUGCUAGGGUCCGCAAGGCGUCCACCGGAGACCUUGGAAGAUGUUGACCUCUCCGAACAAUCAGAGGAUCUCAAGGCGAUUCAUCACAUCGUGCAGGAGGUGGCAGUGCGCCAAGGCAGGCUUGUGUGCCCACAGUGUCAGCGGGAAUACCCGAUUCGAGAUUUCAUUCCAGACAUGGUACUCGAAGGGAAAUAA